GGGAGUGGGAAGCAAGGAGCACUGGACCAGUGCCAUGGCCUCUGUUCCGAAGCUGCUUCUCCUCCUCCUCUUGUUUUGGAGUUGUCACUCUCUCGUUGCUCACGCAGGAGAUGAUCGCAGCUACAGGGUUCUGUCCCUUGACUCUCUGAACUCUGACGCUGUAUGCUCCGAGCCCAAAGUUCCAUUGUCCGGCGCCGCCACAGUGCCGUUGCACCACCGUCACGGCCCAUGCUCGCCGUUGACCACCAAGAAGAUGCCGACCUUGGAGGAGAUGCUCCGGCGUGACCAGCUCCGGGCUGCCUACAUCCAACGGAAGUUCUCUGGCGGCGACGGCAAGGGCGGCGCUGGUGACGUCCAGCAAUCGGACGCCACCGUGCCGACCACGCUGGGUACGUCCCUGAACACGUUGGAGUACUUGAUCACCGUAGGCAUCGGCUCGCCGGCCGUGACCCAGACCGUGCUCAUCGACACCGGCAGCGACGUGUCGUGGGUGCAGUGCAAACCGUGCUCGCUGUGCCACUCCCAGGCGAACCCGCUCUUCGACCCCAGCUCCUCGAGCACCUACUACCCGUUCUCCUGCAGCUCUGACGCCACCUGCGCGCAGCUCGGCCAGGAGGGGAACGGCUGCUCGAGCUCCCAGUGCCAGUACAUUGUCACCUACGGCGACGGCUCCAGCACCACCGGGACCUACAGCUCCGACACGCUCGCGCUGGGCUCCAACACCGUCAGGAACUUCCAGUUCGGGUGCAGCCACGUGGAGUCGGGCUUCGACGACCAAACCGACGGCCUCAUGGGGCUCGGCGGCGGCGCGCAAUCGCUCGUGUCGCAGACGGCGGGGACAUUCGGCAGGGCCUUCUCCUACUGCCUCCCGCCGACUCCGAGCUCCUCCGGGUUCCUCACGCUCGGCGCCGGAACUUCCGGCUUCGUCAAGACGCCGAUGCUCAGGAGCAGCCAGGUCCCCACGUUCUACGGCGUGCGCCUUCAGGCCAUCAGGGUGGGAGGGAGACAGCUCAUCAUACCCACCUCAGCCUUCUCCGCCGGGGCGAUCAUGGACUCCGGCACGGUCAUCACGCGCUUGCCGCGGACGGCCUACUCGGCGCUGUCGUCGGCGUUCAAGGCCGGGAUGAAGCAGUACCCGUGGGCACCGCCCAGCGGCAUCCUCGACACGUGCUUCGACUUCAGCGGCCAGAGCAGCGUCACGAUACCUUCCGUCGCGCUGGUAUUCUCCGGGGGCGCGGUCGUCAACCUCGACGCGAACGGGAUCAUUCUGGGCAGCUGCCUUGCCUUCGCGGGCAACAGUGACGACGGGUCCCUCGGCAUCAUCGGCAACGUGCAGCAGCGGACGUUCGAGGUGCUCCACGACGUCGGCGGGGGCGCUAUGGGCUUCAGGGCCGGCGCGUGCUGAUGAUCGCCGCGCACAAGGAUUGUGGUGGCAACUGGCAACCAUCAGUUAUAGCAAAUAACGUGAAGCAAGUGUGCAAGCUACGAACCAAUGUAAUUUUCUCCUGAUAUAUAGUUAUAAACGAAGAUUAAUCAUAUAUUAUAGUAUUGCUCUUCGACGGUUUAGUUUGUGUAAUCCAACAGUUUCAGUUGGAGCCCUACGAGCUGACAGACUCUAUGAC